ACAGGAGACUUAACUUUGUUUCUGUGCUCACUAGGACAAUCCCAAGAAGACACAGGCCAAUAUUAGAGGAGACUUUUGGCUUCUGGGAGACCGGGGGAUCAAGGAUCCAGAAGGGUAUUUCCACUUCAUGGGACGGACAGAUGACAUCAUUAAUUCCAAUGGGUACCGAAUUGGACCAUCAGAGGUGGAAAAUGCAUUGAUGGAGCACCCUGCUGUGGUUGAAACAGCUGUGAUCAGCAGCCCAGACCAUAACCGAGGAGAGGUGGUGAAGGCAUUUGUGGUCCUAGCUCCUGAGUUCCUGUCUCAUGACCGAGAUCAGCUCACCAAGUUGCUUCAGCAGCAUGUGAAUUCAGUAACAGCACCCUACAUGUACUCCAGGAAGGUGGAGUUUGUUUCAGACCUGCCCAAGACCAUCACAGGAAAAAUUGAGCGAGCAAAGCUUCGAUCCAAGGAUGGAAAACAUCAGGACAAGCCCAGGCCCA